CAUUGAUAAACGGGCUUGCAUGUGCUAAUAUUGUGCUACUAAUCAGUCAUGUAUAGUGUGUAUAUGUCUUGCAUACACUUCACAGUUCUCGUGGUCUGCGGCCCGGAAGAAACAGAACACAGCCAGUAAGCGCUGAGCUUCGAGCGUCACAUUGUGCGAUUAGUAAGGCAGCCUCUCUUUCCCUCCCAAUAUCGCUUCAUCAUGCCUGCUGUGAAACCUCCCUGCAAAGUCCUCGUCUCUGGCGCGAAUGGCUAUAUCGCGAUUUGGGUCGUGCGCGCACUUCUUGAGAAGGGAUACUCUGUCCGUGGGACAGUCCGGUCUGAGGAAAAGGCAGCACAUCUCCGACAACUGUUCAGCUCUUAUGGUGAUAAGCACGAGGUAGUCAUCGUCGAAGAUAUCACAAAGGAAGGAGCUUUUGAUGAAGCAGUUAAAGGUGUUGAUGCCAUUGAGCACACAGCCUCGCCUUUCCACAUGAACGCGGAUGACCCGGACGAACUCAUCAAUCCUGCAGUCAAUGGCACAGUUGGAAUUUUGAAGAGUGCUCUCAAGCACGGGCAAUCUGUCAAACGUAUCGUGGUUACUUCAUCAGGAGCUGCGAUUCAACGUGACUCGCCAACGCCAAUUACUGUCUCCGAACUAGACUGGAACGAGCAAUGUCUCGAAAUUGUGAGGGAGAAAGGUCGCGGAGCGCCUGCUAUGAUGAAGUAUCGCGCAUCAAAGACUCUCGCUGAGAAGGCGGCCUGGGAGUUCUGGAAUCAAAAUAAAGCCAAUGUUAGCUGGGAUCUCAGUGUUCUUAAUCCACCUUUUGUAUUUGGGCCCGCCAUCCAUGCGGUCACAACAGCGUCGUCGUUAAACACUUCCGCAAUGUUGUUCUACAACCAUGUCGCACAUCCAAACUCCAGCGGAGCCACAAACGAAUUCCUUGCUUCUACCGGUACAUGCUGGACCGACGUGCGUGACCUUGCCGGUGCGCAUGUCCUCUCGCUUGAGAAGGAAGCUGCAGGUGGCGAGCGAAUUAUCAUUAGUGCGGGAAACUGGAAAUGGCAGGAUUUUAUUGACGCUGCCAAUGCAAUCUCGCCGCCACCGAAACUCGCAACGGGUGGCCUGCCGAAGGGUAACCCCGGUGCCGGCACUGGACACCCAUCCACUGUACACCUUCUCUACUACGAGACUGCGAAGGCCGCACGGAUCCUCGGACUCAAGUACCGCACUAUCACAGAGACGACGAAAGACACGCUGGCAGACUAUGAAGCAAAGGGAUGGUGACAAGUCUCGUACCGAGUACUGUAGAGGGAGUGUAUGUACCGUCAUACCCGCAAAUGGACGCACAAAUUCGAGAGAAUGAUCUCUCAAAAGUGUUAACCUCUGCUCGUAGUUGUCUUUAUUACCCCUUCCAUUCAGCUGUGCAGAGGUUAUGAGAUGAACAUAUAUACUAACGGCUCUCGGGAACCAUGGAACGCAACGAGCACGGGAACUCAGUCAUUCCUAGGUUGACAAUAGUUAGCAGCCUGUUGCUACUUAUCUGGCUGGUACAGGUAAUAAUUAUCAUACUGAUGGCAGAUC